AUGACAAAUCGCACUCUCGGGAGAGAUAAAGCUCCAAUCUGCAUCGAGCUUAACAAGCCACCCUUGGAUCCAGUUUAUGAAGAAGAAAUGAAACAACUUCGAUAUGCCAUGUUGCUAUCAAAGAUCAAAAUUGCUUUAGAGAAGGAACACCAAAAUGAUCCAAAUUGUAAUGUUAGUGGCACGAAAGAUGAACUUGGCCGAGAAAUUGAAGAAGACGAAAGUGCUGAAAAUGAAGACGAAGAUGAAGAUGAUAACAAUGAUGAUAAUGUUGACGAUGCUGAUGAUGAGAAUGAUGAUGAUGAUGACGAUGGUGAUAAUGAUGAUCAGUUGGGAAAUGAAGGUGCUCAAGAAACCGACCCUGAAGACAGUCAUACAUUCUUUAUCGGUCCUGACUAUGACACCUAUCCUCAAAGAUCUCCCUUAAGAAAAUUACCAUCUGACAGUGAUGACUCGGAAGAAGUUUCAACUUCUCAUCUCGAAGAUCUAUCUCGUGCCAUUGUUCCGCAUAUCCAACCCAUAGACGAGACUCCAAUCAAGCAAGGAAACGAAAGUAUGCGUGAGGGCAAACUGGAAGCCUCACCAAUUCUUCUUAGCUCAGCUAGUGGUGGAAAACGGGAAGCACCACCUCAAGAUGAUCACAUGGACACAUCACCAACAAACAUUGAGGAAGAAUCCCCUGCAGAGUCCCCACGGACUAUCAUGAACAUCAUGAGAGGAACUGUUCAUUCAGCCGAGACCAUCCAUAUGCAAUAUCUUGCUUUACGAGAAAAGGACACGAAAGUUAUGGAUGAUCUGUGCAAGAAGGUCGAUUCUCCGAUAGCAGCACAAUCUCAACCUCGAUCUCCACCUCCUGCACAGCCUCAACCGCAGCAACAAAGCCAAUCAGAUCACAAGAUCCUUGAGAGAAUGACAAAGAAACUUUAUGAUCUCGAAGCUUCUUUGAACAAAGUUGCGCGACAACAGCACGAAAUCAAACACUCUCAUUUUGGUCUCAAAGAGCGUGUGGAUUUGGCCUGUACAAAGAUUGACACAUAUCAGGACAAUUCGUACCAACUGGGAGAAUAUGCACUUCAAAUUCUCGGGUACGCUUAG